AUGGCGUCCCGAAGGGUACCACUGUUCGUUGCACUUUGUUUUAUUACGAUAGUGGCACAGCAGUCAAUAGAGGCACUCGGCAGUGCCAGCGCUGGAGAGCCAACUGACACAAAAGCAGCGGAGACUCGUUGUCAAAUAUCAUCCGAAACAGCAUCGAGUGCAUCAGAGCCUGCCGCCGACCAACAGUCCUUUCUGACGGCUCGCAGUUCGUCUGUUUUGGAGAAUGAGGUUGCAGGACAAGGUGAUGUUGAGCCUCAGGAGAAAGACGGAAUUGCACAAGGCAGUGGCGCAGGCCAUCGGUUGCCACAAGGGAGCACUCGACGACGUGAUCAAGCAUUUGCGUACGGCGGAUACUACAGCUACGGAGCAGGGUUUCCAGGAUUCAUGCCUUAUGGCGGUUAUGGUAUUUUUGGCGGCUUUCCGAGGAUGCCUGGUUUCGGUUUCCUGUUCUGA